GACGCGCUCCCCGUCGCUGAGUGCCGGAGCCCAGGAGCUGUGGCUGUGGUACCUGCUGCUGCCGCCCGUGCGGACGCAGAGCAUCGGACGCGAACGCUGUUGCGUGGGGCAAGAAGGUGAAGCCAUGACGGCCAUCAGUGAAAAUAUUCUCUUUGGAAUGGGAAAUCCUCUUCUCGACAUCACUGCUGUGGUGGAUAAGGAUUUCCUUGAUAAGUAUUCUCUUAAACUGAAUGACCAAAUCUUGGCUGAAGAGAAACACAAGGAACUGUUUGAUGAACUUGUAAAAAAAUUCAAAGUUGAAUAUCAUGCUGGUGGCUCUACCCAGAAUUCAAUUAAAGUGGCCCAGUGGAUGAUUCAGCAGCCACACAAAGCAGCAACAUUUUUUGGAUGCAUCGGGAUAGAUAAAUUUGGGGAGAUCCUGAAGAAAAAAGCUGCUGAAGCCCAUGUGGAUGCUCAUUACUAUGAACAGAAUGAGCAGCCAACGGGAACUUGUGCUGCAUGCAUCACUGGUGGCAACAGAUCCCUUGUAGCUAAUCUUGCUGCUGCCAAUUGUUAUAAAAAGGAAAAACAUCUUGAUAUGGAGAAAAACUGGAUAUUGGUAGACAAAGCAAGAGUUUAUUAUAUAGCAGGUUUUUUUCUCACAGUUUCCCCGGAGUCAGUUUUAAAAGUGGCUCACCAUGCUUCUGAAAACAACAGAAUUUUCACUUUGAAUCUGUCUGCACCAUUUAUUAGUCAGUUCUACAAGGAAUCAUUGAUGAAAGUUAUGCCUUAUGUUGACAUACUCUUUGGAAAUGAGACGGAAGCUGCCACUUUUGCUAGAGAGCAAGGCUUUGAGACUGAAGACAUUAAAGAAAUAGCCAAAAAGACACAGGCUCUUCCAAAGGUGAACUCAGAGAGGCAGCGAAUCGUGAUUUUCACCCAAGGGAGAGAUGACACCAUACUGGCUACAGAAAGUGAAGUCACCGCUUUUGCUGUCUUGGAUCAAGACCAGAAAGAAAUUGUUGAUACCAAUGGAGCUGGAGAUGCAUUUGUUGGAGGUUUUCUGUCUCAGCUGGUCUCUGACAAGCCCCUGACUGAAUGCAUCCGUGCUGGCCACUAUGCAGCAAGUGUCAUAAUUAAGAGGACUGGCUGCACCUUUCCUGAGAAGCCAGACUUCCACUGAUGAAAAAGCAGGAAACCGCAGCCCAGGAGUACAGACACUGUGCCCUGAUGGCUUCCUGAGAAUUCCCAUAUUAAUAAAGAAGAAAAUUAAAUGCUACCUUUCCUACUAUAAUAAUGUUCAUCUUAAUUUAGAGGGUACAGUAGUACGCAUUAGAAUCUUUAUUCUCUCAACAACCUAAAAUCGGAGGUUUAUUUCCAUAGUUUGAUAGUGCCGCUUAAAUGUCAAUUAAACAGGAAUAUAACAUUUCAAUAGAAAUUUUGUUUCAUUUUUAUUACUUUGUAAAUUCAUGUGUACUUAGUAAAGUGAUCAUUUUUUUACAUUUCUGCUUUGAAUGCAGAUGCAAUUUAAUAUGAUAGAUUUUUUAAAGGAAUUAAAGAUAAUAUCAGUAUAUAAAUCUUUAGCUUUUAUACAAGUAUAUUUAAUUCAGAAGUGUGUGUACACAUAUAUACACACAUAUGUUCAUAUAUGUACCACAUAUAUACAUGAUAAAUGGUUAAAUAGGUACAGAAAUAUUUAUCUUGCCAAGUUAUGCCAAGUAAUUUCUUCAGUGUGUACUCAAACACGUAAUAAACUUUGGAUAAUUAAAUAAUUUGCCAAAUUAUAAGCUAUAUUACAAUAUUCAAGUCAUAAUCUUAUAUUUACUUACGGUACUCUGUAAUUUGAUACAAAUAAAAACUUGUCAUAUGGGACUUUUCUUCUGUCUUUGCCCUGUGUUCUGCAAACUAAGGAAGAAAGAUCAUUGUUUGUUUAAUCCU